UUCCAGCCGAGAUUUGACUCCAGUAACUUGGAACACUGGGUCAAGAGAGUGGACCAAACCUCUGCGUAUGCUGUUUCUGAAGCCUUUUCCCUUCAAAAGUCAAGGUAUCCACGGGAGCCUUGUGGUCCUGUGACAAGUUUGGAAACCAUGGAACACCUGCAAGAUCAUGAUGAGGCCUGUGAGGAAGCCCAAGAACUGCUCAGUAACUGGAUGAAGUCCAAACUGCAACUGGAGGUGAUGAGUGAUGGAGAAGAGGAAGUUGACUCUGUCCUCCUGGAAAAGCCUUCUGCAGCCCUUCUGAAGUAUGAGCGGUUUGAUGACUUGUGCAGUUAUCUGGAAUGUGAAACGGAAAGUUCUUCUGUCCAGGAAUACCUACAGCACCUUUUGCAUAGCGAAGCUGUGAGCUACAUGAUAGUGAAAGGCCUUAGACUUGAAGACAUCAAGGAAAACAAAAAAUUUGCAGAUCCACGAAUAAUAAUGGAGCUCAGACACAAGCAGGUGCAGGAAAACCGAAUAAGGCGUCAGAGGGCAUUAGAGCUUCAGAGACAAGAACAGUCCCUGAAGAAAUCAAUUCAGUCUGAGGCCAGGCUCCAAGUACAGGAAGAGGACAGAAGGAAGGCCCUGAAGGCCAAGAAGGAGGAGGAGGAGAUCCAGAGGGAAAUGGUGAAACUGCAAAGGGAAAUGGCUGAGAAGCAGGCCAUGGCAGGAGCAUGGAGAAUGGAGGGGAAGAGACAAGAAAAGUGUCAGAGGCUGUCAAUGCAGAAGAUAUGUACUACUGCCUCACCACCCCUUGUCCUGAAGAAGGAAGAGCAAGGAGAGGAGAAACGGAGAAAGGCUCAGGAGCUGCUGUGCAGGAUUCAAGGCAAUAAGCAGAGAUGCAUGCAACAACAUUUCUCUGCUUGGCUGAAAGUCACUCUGGAGCACAGAAUUAAAAUGGGAAAAGCCAAAGCCCUUGCUGACUGGAAAUGCCAGCUGAAGGCCCUGCGAGCCUGGAGAAACUAUACUUGGGCCCAGAAAGUAGUGCAGGAAGCACAGCAGCUGCAAGUUCAUCUCCAAGAUCAAAACAGGAAAAACCAACUGUCUGAGGAAUAUAACCAGCGACGGCUUUUGCGCUGCUGCUUUCUGGCAUGGUGGCACUGGAGCCAGGCAGAGACAGGAAAGCGGGAGCUACAGAUUAAGAGAGAGGAGACUAAGAAAAAGAUGUCACAGCUGCUGGAGGCAGUAUCACUGGAGAAGGGUGAUCUGGAGAGGCCACUGGAGGCUAACCAGCCUGGGACAGCAGGAGGAAGCCAUCGUCAGUAUAUGAAGAAAGAGAAACCAACUGAAACUUGCCUCAUACAGAAAAAACCUGACCAGACCGGAGAUCACUCUUGUUGGAAUUCUGCUCACACAUCUCCUUCAUACAGAAAACCCAUGUUUACCUGGGAGAUUACGAUAAAACAUACAGCUCCAAGUGCCCAGGACCAGGCUGUGUACAAGGAUCAAAUAGCCACUCUCCUCCAACAGUUACAGACACCUGGUCCAAAGACAGCUCCUGCCUAUGGCAGCCGUUUUGAGCAUCGUCAUGCUUUCCAGCAGCGUCUGAUUGAGGAGCAGAGGCAGCAGCUUCAGAGACAGCAAAAGCUGAUCCUUGAACUACAGGAAAAUCAGAGGCUGAGCAGAACAGAAGAAGAGACAGCACAAGCCACAGCAGGAACACCCCCCCAGCAGCCUGACAAGUCUGCUUCACAAACCAGGGAGGAAAAAACCAAGAGGGAAAACCAACCCACAUGCAAGAAUAGAACCUAUUUGAGUCCACCUGUUUCUCCUGGGCCAGAAAACACAAGGGCAGUGAUGCAAGGCAAAAGACCCUCCCGCCAGCUGACCUCAGCUCAUCCCAUAGUGAAAGCGAUGGAGGAGAGGGCGAUUCAGCGGGCAGAACGGAAGCGGAAACUAGAAGAAGCCAAACGACAAAAAAAAGAAGAAAAAUUGGCCCAGCUGAAGGCUGAAGAAGAAGCACGACAGAGAAAAGAGGCUGAGGAAAAGGAAGCUCAGCAACAAAAACGACAGGAGGAGAGAAGGCAGCAGAAGCUGAAAGAGCUGGAGAAGCAGAGGAGGCUGGAGAGAGAGCAGCAGCUCCAGAAAAAGGCAAGAGAUCACUAUAAAAAGGUCCUGCUCAGAAAGCUGGGAAUGGUGCCAUGGAAAAGGCUGAGGGAGCAAGCCAAGGAACACCUGGUGGUAGCACAAAGGCACCACUGCUUGGGCCUGCAGAGGAAAUGCCUGAUGGCUUGGUUCCAGGACACCCAGGGGAGCCUCAUGGAGAAGGUGUCUCGGGCCAAGGACUUCUAUUCCCAUACAUUGCUGAGACAGAGCUUCAGGAACUGGCUCAAGUACAAGGAUUAUCUCUUCACUCUGGAGGAGAGACUGAGUACCCUCCAUGCAACCUGCCUCAUGAGGAGGUACUUCUGGGCAUGGUUUGAUCUGUUCAUGGAAGAAGAAAGUAUCUUAUGGGAGAAGAUGAAGAUUGCUACUGAACAUAGUAACAAGAAAGUCACGAUGAAUGCAUUCAAGGCAUGGAGGCAGUACCCGUUACUAAUGAAAGAGGAAAGAGAGCGAGAGGAAAGGAGGAACCAGCUACGCAGGAGAGUAGCCGAAAUUCUCCCUGACUUCCAAACAUUAACAGAAGAGAGUCAAAGGAGAUAA